CUCUGUAGGAAAUAAAGAUUCUAUGUUAAGACAAUGCCAAACUUUACAGAUGUGACAGAAUUUCUCCUUGUGGGUUUGACCAGGCAUCAGGAACUCCGAGUUCUCUUCUUUGCAGUGUUCCUGGUGGUUUACAUGGUUACUCUGUUGGGGAACAUUGGUAUGAUCGUUUUGAUUAGCAUCAGCCCCCAGCUUCAGAGUCCUAUGUACUUUUUCCUAAGUCAUUUAUCCUUUGUGGAUGUGUGGUUCUCCUCCAACGUCACUCCCAAAAUGCUGGAAAACUUAUUGUCACAGACAAAAACCAUUUCCUACACAGGGUGCCUCGUCCAGUGUUACUUCUUCAUAGCCCUGGUCCAUGUGGAGGUCUAUAUCCUGGCCGUGAUGGCCUUUGAUCGGUACAUGGCCAUUUGCAACCCUUUGCUCUAUGGCAGCAAGAUGACCAGGACUGUUUGUGCCCAGCUAAUUUCUGUCCCUUAUGUCUACGGAUUCUCUGUAAGUCUGAUAUGCACGCUAUGGACAUAUGGCUUGUAUUUCUGUGGAAAUUUUGAAAUCAAUCACUUCUAUUGUGCAGAUCCUCCUCUUAUCAAGAUUGCCUGUGGAGGAGUGCAUAUCAAAGAGUACACGAUGAUUGUUAUUGCUGGAAUUAAUUUUACAUAUUCCCUGUCAGUGGUCCUCAUCUCCUACACCCUCAUUGUAGUGGCUGUGCUACGCAUGCACUCUUCUGAUGGUAGGAGGAAGGCAUUUUCCACCUGUGGAUCCCACUUGACAGCUGUUUCCAUGUUUUAUGGAACCCUCAUAUUCAUGUAUCUCAGGAGGCCAACUGACGAGUCUGUGGAGCAGGGGAAGGUGGUGGCUGUGUUCUACACCACAGUGAUUCCCAUGCUUAACCCCAUGAUCUACAGUCUCAGAAACAAAGAUGUGAAAGAAGCAGUCAGCAAGGCAGUCACCAAAGUCAUCCUGAAGAAAUGAAA